AUGAACCUCAAAUUGAAAAGUGAAGCUUUUAUAAAGUUNGUAGGUAUUUCGGAUUCGGAUGUAUCUUUAAAUAAUGAUGGGAACGAUGUACAAAUAUGUAGUGCUACCCAAAAUGAGUCAUAUUCACAGAUAAAUAUUGAAGAAGAUACUUCUCAAUUAUGUUGUUAUCCAUCAGAUUUCCCAAAUGAUCCAGCCAUUUUACCUACAACUGUAUCAUAUGAGUUGAAAAAUCAUUUUUUUUCAUUGGGCCCUUGUCAACCAUCCGCCUUAGAAUUAAAGAACAAGAUAUUUCCACAAAAGAAAGACUCUCAAGGUGUUAUGCGUUCAUUUCAUGAAACUUAUUAUCACCGUAAGAUUGAAGAUGGAAAAUUUGUAAAACGGUUAUGGUUAUCCUACUCCCCUUCACAAGACCGUUUUUAUUGCAUCACUUGUAAGCUAUUUGGUCUGCCUAAGGCAAAGAAAACGUUUUUAGCAGAUAAAGGGUCUAAUGAUUAUAAAAAUAUUAAGCGAACAAUAGAAAACCAUGAAAGCUUCCCAGAACAUCUAACAAGUGAAAUGGCUCGAGUAAUGUAUGAAAAGAACGUAAGGAUUGACACAGGAAUGCAUGAACGUGUCAAUCGAAAAGUUGCAGAAAAUAGGCAAAUUGUAUCAAUAGUUAUAGAUGCUCUUAUUUUUUCUGCAAGACAAAAUAUUGCACUCAGGGGGCACAACGAGAAACAUACAUCAACCAACAGAGGUAAUUUUCUAGAAUUAUGCUCAUUUAUAUCAACAUAUAAUCCAAUAUUAAAGUUACAUUUAGAAAAAUUAAAAGAAAACAAGAUUAACCGUCUUUCAUUUUUAUCCAAUGUGACUCAAAAUAAACUUCUUUGUAUAUUGGCGGAUAUGGUUCGAAAGGAUAUUUUAAAACAAGUGAAUAAGUCAGGGCAAUUUGCUGUAAUAAUUGACACAACUACAGAUGUUUCUAAUCAAGAACAAUUUACUGUCAUUUUAAGAUACAUAGAUGAAGGAAAACCUCAAGAGCGUUUGGUAGCACUAGAAACUGCUUCUGAUUCUACUGGUCUAGGUAUGUUUAAAGUGUUUUGUAGCAUUACAGACAAAUACAAUAUCAACUGGAAAACACAGAUGAUUGCUCAAACAUAUGAUGGUGCUGCCUCUAUGCAAGGCAAAUACAGUGGAUUGAAAACACGUAUACAAGCGGAGAAUCCAAAAGCAAUGUUUACUUGGUGUUUUGCCCACAAACUAAAUUUAGUUAUAGUUGAUACUUGUGAUUGCUGCAUUAAUACCAAAACUUUUUUCGGUAAUGUUGGCGCUUUAAUUGAAUUUAUGAGAGCUAGAAAACGGACGGCUGCCUUUGUAGAAUCUCAAGAAAUAUUAAAUCCGAGAGAACAAAAGCGUCGCAUCAAACGUUUUUCCAUUACUAGAUGGACAUCCCAUGAUCGAGCUUUGGUUGUCAUUCAAGAAAAGUACUCUGCUCUGCUGAAAGCAUUGGAAAAUAUUUCAAAAGCAAAUGAUUCAGAUCGUUAUACAACUUCAACAGCCAAAAACUUCAUUUCGGUUAUAACAUCAUUCCAAUUUAUCUUAGUUUUGGUUCUGAUGAGAAGAAUAUUUUCGGUUUCCACUGAAGUUUCAAACUAUUUGCAAUCAAAAUCUAUUGAUUUCAUGCAAGCUAUCAAAAUGGUGAAUAUUGCUAAGAAUAGAUUGAAAAUUUUGCGUACUGAUGAAGGAUGUACUGAAAUAAUUAAUACUGCUAAAGAAUUUGCUACUAAAAACAGUCUUUCCCAAUGUGACUUCAAAAUGGUAAGAGCAAGAAAGAAGAAAAUAAUGCCUGGUGAACUAUCCAGAGAUGAAGUGCUACAAUCUCCUACUGAUUUAUUUCGCUGUGACGUUUGUUUUAAAGUUUUAGAUGCUAUUAUUACAUCAAUUGACACAAGAUUUAAUGAUUCUCAAGAAAUUCUUAAAGAUUUAAGCCUGCUUACUCCGGAACGUAUGUUAUCCAUUAAAACUAAAAGUGAAUUGCCCAGUAGCGCGUUUGAACAAUUAUCGAAUUGGAUAGACAUUGAUACUAAUAAAUUACAAUCUGAAUAUUUAACAUUUAGCAACAGCUUAAAUGAUCUUUUUAAUGACAAUUAUUCAACAACAACAAGUAUAUACAAUGACAAAAAUAAUGACAGGACUGAUCAACCAGAUUUUAGUUCAUAAAUAAGUGAUGAUUCUGAAAUUGAAGAAGUCAGUACAACAAAAAUGUCUAGCUUAGACAUUUUGGGUUUAUUAUCAAGUCACAACUUAAUAGCAGCCUUUCCAAAUUUGUACUUGGCAUAUAAAGCGUUGUGCAUCAUACCUGCAUCAUCCGCAUCUGCUGAACGCAGCUUUUCUAAGGUAAAACUAGUUAAAUCUAGGCUUAGAUCAACCAUUGGGCAGAAUCGGUUGGAAAGUUUACUUAUAUUAAGCUGUGAAAGAGAUAUUGAAAUUGAUCGUAAUGAAGCAAUUGACAUAUUUGCAAAGUCCUCCGAUCUCUUGAUGCAGAAUUUAUUGUUUAAAUAAAAUAUUAAGUGAUAUUUUAAUUAUUGUAAUUUGUGCUACUUAACCCUAUUAAACACCAAAGUGAUCUUUUAAAAAAUAUUAUCUCAUUUAAUGUUAUUUUGAUUAAUCUUAUAACAUGGUUUUGAAAUUGCCUGAUAGAGGCAAUUUCCCCACAAACCCAUAAAUGUAAUGUUUUUAUAGGCCAAUUUUUAAGAGAGAGAAUACAAACCUAGUGUUUAAUGUUCAAUAAUAGGUCAUGGGCUCUUAGGUGGGUGGGUGGGUG